AUGAGUCAUCCACUCCACCACCAAAUGUCCUUGAUCUCUCUCCAUUUUCAAACAUGGACGCCAGACCAUGAAGAAGACUCGUUCUCCAAGAAUCUGCUGGAUCAAUUUGAUCAAAAGAUGGAUCAAGACCAAAACUCCCAUCUUGUCAUGGAUCAGUCUGAUAUCAACAUGUCGGAUACAACAUAUGAAGAAGAUGAGGACGAGCGAAACUUUUCAUCUAUCGCUUCUAGCCAGCAUUUGAAUGAUAUAAAUAGAACAAGCAUACUUACGAGUACCAGUAGUUUCAAGAUCAAAGAACAUGAAAAUCCAACGAUUCCUGCUGCGCUUCAGCUGCCAUCUCGAUCCAGCGACCACCUCAGCCACAGCCAUCACAACCGCAAAAAAAAAAAGCAAAAUAUACUCAAGAAAUCCUCCAUGUUCUUUUCUGAAAAGAUCAUCAAGAAGAAAUCCACCCUAUUUACGAAGGCUCCACCACCUGCCACACCUACCACAACCACCACAGCAGCACCCCAUGAUAGACUGAAGCGAAGCUUGGAUCAAAAGAAAAGGUCCAGCCCUGGCAUCACCAUCAAAUCACAACCACAACCACAACCACAGCAGCCGUCAUCCAAUGUGAAAUUGACUCCUUGGUGGCGCCGUCUCAACAACUACCUUAUUCCACGUGAUGAUGCUCGCUGA